AUGACUACGACGGUACCAAAGAUAUUCGCGUUUCAUGAAUUCUCAGACGUGGCAGAGGCUGUAGCUGACCAUGUGGUCCAUGCCCAAAACGGUGCGCUGGCUCCCAAGAACGAGAGAAAACACUCUGUAACUAAUAUCAGUGUGAACGCGCUGGAUAUGACCAGAGAGGCCUCUUGCAAAAGCACAGCAUCAGCUGUAGAUAUCAAGAGUGGGAGCAGUGGUAGUGGUAGCAGCAACUGUAAGCCCAAAAAGGAGAAACGGUUUAAGAUUGCUCUCUCUGGUGGGUCGUUGAUUCAGGUGCUACAUGAAGGUCUGCUCAAACGAGACGAUGUACGGUGGGGCGACUGGGACAUUUACUUUGCAGACGAAAGACUUGUCCCCUUCAGCUCGAACGAGAGUAAUUAUGGUUGCGCCAAAAGGAAGAUUUUAGACCUGAUAGAUACGGCAAAAUAUGGGACUCCAAAGGUGUAUCACAUCGACGAGUCAUUGAUUGACGAUCCACAGGAGUGCGCUGAUAACUACGAAAAGGUGCUCAUUCGCGGGUUUGCCGGCAGAGAUUCUGUUAAACUUCCGAUGUUCGACUUGUUCCUGCUUGGUUGUGCUCCCGAUGGCCAUAUUGCAUCGUUGUUUCCCAACUUCCAGGACAAUCUGCGUGAGAAACUUGCAUGGGUUGUACCCGUGGAGAAUGCUCCUAGUGGACCAUCAACAAGAAUUUCGCUGACCAUCCCGGUGAUUUGCCAUUCUCACAGAGUUACUUUCGUUGUUGAAGGUGCCACCAAGGCACCAAUCAUCAAGACCAUUAUGGAAAGGCCCGAGAAGGGUCUACCUAGCAGUAUUGUCAACGAAGGUGCUGCUGGCCGUGUAUCAUGGUUUGUUGACGACGAUGCACUUACGGAUGUGCUCGUCACUAAAAAGAAGUAUAAAUUCCACCCUGCUUAA